UUUCUGGAGUGUUCAUGAGGCUAAAGAAGGAGAGAGUUUUUUCCCUUGUGCUUUCACCCUUCACUCCACGGAAUCAAAAGCAAAAUGCUAAGUUCCGUGUCUCAAUUCAUAAACAUGUAGCCCAAACACAAGUUGUCAUCCAACUUGUAUUAUAAUAGUAGUAAUACUAUUAUAUAAUAGUAAUAUUAUUGUGAUUAUAUGUAUGUGUGUGAUUUUCGUGCCUUUCUUUUAUGCUAAGGUUGUACGGAGUUUGUGUGUUUUGGUUGUGCUAUGUUGAUUCAAUUCGUCGACAAGAAACCUUAGUUUGAUAGUUGAUUGGUUCUGAGGAGAGUUUUUCAGAGCUAUUGGUUGUGAAAGUGUGUGUUUUUAUUUAUUUAUUGUUGGGAAUAAUGGCUAAUGAUGGAGACAAAAGCAAUGAUUUUUAUGCGAUUCUGGGUUUGAAUAAGGAGUGCACUGAAUCAGAGCUAAGGAAUGCCUAUAAGAAACUUGCACUGAAAUGGCACCCAGAUCGUUGUUCAGCAUCCGGGAAUUCCAAGUUCGUGGAAGAAGCUAAGAAGAAAUUCCAAGCAAUCCAACAAGCCUAUUCUGUUUUAUCUGACACGAACAAGAGGUUAAUGUACGACGUAGGAGUCUACGACAGUGAUGACGACGAAAACGGCAUGGGGGACUUCUUGAACGAAAUGGUAACGAUGAUGAGUCAGACUCAAUCAAAUCAGGAAAAUGGAAAGGAGAGUUUUGAGGAGUUGCAGCAUCUGUUUGAAGAUAUGUUUCAAGCGGAUAUUGGAUUAGAUGGAAGCACCUCUCUUACUGCUGCUGGUUGCUCUGCUUCAUCUAAGUAUAUGAGUUAUAGUGAAAGUUCUAAUUCAAAUAAACGCAAUUCCACUGAAAUGAAUUUUGGGAAGGCAGAGGAUUCUUCUGACUUCAAUGCCAGUUACCAGAACUUCUGUUUAGGGACAGGUGAAAAACCUCCAAGAUAUCAAGAAGGGAAAAGGAGGAAUUCCAGGAGGAGGUAGUAGUAGUAGACAGAGAAAAGGCAGAAAGCAAAAAAUCUCAUAUGACAAUGAUGUUUCCUCUAGUGACUACCUUGGAAUUUCCUCUAAGUAAUGAACAUGAUAGCAUGUUACUUUUUGUGCCUCAACCUUGGCAUUCUGGUUUUGGGAAAUCAAUAAUCUUAAGUUUUUACUAAGCACAUGAGGAGCCAUACAACUUUAGUGGGAGAUCACAAAGUUAGUUCUAGGCCACUGUAGCCUCCUGCCAUGUACCCUUAUUUACCAUUGUACACUCUUGCUAGGACUUUAAAUUAAAAUCAAUUGAAGUUUUGGCCUCUGCAUUUAUGCAAAUUGCUAAUA